AUGGCUUUUCGUUUUGUGAUUGUUUUCAUUUCAAAGCUUAUCGAAAUGGCUAAACGGACGAAGAAGGUUGGCAUAGUAGGGAAGUAUGGAACUCGUUAUGGUGCUUCACUGAGAAAAACUGUUAAAAAGAUGGAGGUAACACAGCAUUCUAAGUACACAUGUGCUUUCUGUGGAAAGGAGUCGAUGAAGCGAAAAUGUGUUGGCAUUUGGAAAUGUUCGAAAUGCAAUAAAAUAGUUGCUGGUGGUGCAUAUGUAUACAGCACAACCGCAGCAGCCACUGUGCGCAGUACCAUCAGGCGUUUACGAGAAGCUAAGGAAUGA